UUCACUAACCGGAGAACAGCUUCACGGCUUCAUCUACUGACCAUCUGCGUGCUUCUCGAAUCCAUAUCGCCUCCAUGUUUUGAUACCCUUUCUACCUUUCCACCCGCAGCCUGGAGUUUCGGAUUCCAUAUGUCAACAUGCCUUCUCUUCGUCUGACGCUACUUCUUUCGGCCGCCCUCCUUUCUUGCGGCUCAGCAAGGCAGAAUCUUUUGAAAGCGCCGGCCGUCGAACAUUCCUGGAUCCGCAAUUUCGCAUCCAUUGGCGACUCUUACUCCGCUGGCCUGGGUUCUGGGGACCGCCUCGACUGGACGUGCUCCCGCUACGCAAAAUCGUACCCGAACAUCCUCCAGAAUACGCUUCUUGAACGUGACGAGGAAAGGCAACAUCAAUUUCUGGCAUGCUCUGGCGCUACGAGCACGGAGAUCCUCGAGAAACAGGUACAGGCACUGCAACACGGUAUCGACCUCUUGACUGUUUCGGCCGGGGGAAACGAUAUCGGGCUCACGCCUAUACUGAGCAAUUGCAUCUAUCAGUUCUACAUGGCUGGGGAGGACGACUGCGAAAAGUCAAUAGAGGAGGCGCGAGAACGCAUCUCUGACAGGGCGCAGCUGUACAGCAACAUCAGCAAGCUCAUCGACGCCGCUCUGCCUAAGAUGAAUCCGGAUCGCGGAGUUGUUUACGUCACAGGCUAUGCGGGAUUCUUUGGUGUUGAAGACGAAGUAUGCGACAAUGUGACCUGGGCAGUGUGGAAUAGCGUCGAAUCCACGAAGCAAUACCUCAAGCUGGAACUACGCAAGGCGCUGAAUGAGAUGGUCCGCUCCGUAAAUGCCAUCUUGCGCAAGGUCACCGAAGACGUAGGCCCCAACGUCCGCUUCAUUGACUACGACCACCACAUCGAAAAAGCACGCGGACGAUACUGCGAAUCCGGCGUCCAAGAACCCUCGCCGAACCGCCAAGGUCUCUCGUUUUACGAAUGGAACACGGUCGACGCAGGCGAGAAUAGCACCGAGCUACAACAUCGGACCGGCGAUGACGUGCCCAAGGGCUCAUUCGAGGGCGGUAUCGCAGAACGCAUUAAUAAGACGCUGCAAGAACAUCCGGAUUGGCAGUUUGAUCCCGACAAAGGCUUUGUGAAUAAGAGCAGAGCAGGCGUGGGAGAGGAGGGACUGAUCGAGGAUACAAUCCAUUGGAUGCUGCCCGAUUCUUGGAAGAGAGUUUUUCACUUGCGACCGGAGGGGCAUGAGAUUGUCGCGCGGUUGUUGCUUGAGGAUCUUGAUGCUAGAGGUCCGGGACGAAAGGAGCCUGAGAUGGAAGAGCUGUAGGUUUUGCCCGUCGGAUCGAUUGCACCUUCCCGCGACAACCGAAAAAGCAGCACAGGUUCUCUUAACCUUUUCAUCGAGGCCGGACACAUGCGGACCAUUUGCUUGUUCGUUUGGUUGCAUAGUUCAUUGCGCCCUUUGAGGUUCUUCCGCCCUUUUCCUAGGUCACU